CUGGAGUAAUUAUAGUAGCUGGGGCUGAAAGAUAGGUCUCGUUUUGCUUCUGUUUCACUGGAAACUGGACUUCAGGUUCGGGCAGGAUUCUGGAUUUAGCUGCUCUGACCCGCUGCGACGAUGGACAGCGAGGUGCAGAGGGAUGGCAGGAUCCUGGACCUGAUCGAUGAUGCAUGGAGGGAAGAUAAAUUGCCCUACGAGGAUGUGGCCAUCCCUCUGAAUGAGCUCCCUGAACCAGAGCAAGACAACGGCGGCACCACCGAGUCUGUGAAAGAGCAAGAAAUGAAGUGGACAGAUUUGGCUCUCCAGUAUCUCCAUGAAAAUAUUCCACCCACAGGAAAUUAGUGAAUCGGUGGGAUUUCAUACAGUGGAUGCAAGAAUGCAACAUAAAAAUAUUUUUCAGCUGACCAUUGCUGUCAUAAGCUGCCCUAAGGAGGAAACAAUAUUUCUGAAACUUCCAGAUUCCAACAGUGGUUCUGCUCACAGAGAAGAGUUUAAAAUGCUUGUCUCUUGAAUGUGAAAUAGCAGAGGUUCUGACAUGUCACAGCCAAGUGCAAAAUGUUUCAUGCUUAUAAGAUUAUUUCAUGGUUUUUGUUAAAUUAUUCUUAAGUUGGUGAAAAUUCUGAUCUUAAAUGUUUUCUACACAUGAUUAAAAAGUUUUUACUGUC